AUGUAUGAAAAAAGAAAAAAAACUAGAAGUAUGGCUUCAAAUCGUUUUGGUUAUAUAUGUGAAAAAUCAUUUCAUUUACAUCGUAUGAAUGAUUGUGAUGAUCUUGAUUUAUAUUAUCGAAAAUUUUUAAAUAAAUUAAGUAAAAUAUGUUUAAAAAUCUUUCUUCCAUUAUUACCAUUAAUUUAUUUAUUAACAUUAUUUCUUUGUCGUUUAUUAUUAUAUAAUCAAUUAAUAAUUAUAUUUGAUAUACGUACAAUACUUUAUUUAAUAUGCAUUUUUUUAACAUUCAUUUUAUUAUUUCUUAUACGUUUACAUACAAAAUGGAAAACACUUUGGUUUUGUACAAGAAUUUUUUUAAUAUUACUUUUAAUUAUUCCAUUAAUAUUAACAUAUCAAACAGAACAAUAUCAUAUAUUAUUUUCAACAAUAUCAAUAACACUUAUUUAUUCAUUAUUAACAUUUACAUUAACACAAUCAUUAAUUAUUUGUUUAAUUAUAUCAAUAUUACAUAUAAGUCUUUUAUUAAAUCAAAAAAAUCAAAUACAAUGGAAUAGUUUAGAAUUUUUAUCAAUCAUUUUUUAUCAUUUUAUUAUAAAUAUAUCCGGUCUAUAUACAUAUAUAAGAUCAAUAAAACAUGUACGUCAACAUUUUCAUGCAUAUGAAAUAAAUUUAUAUGAAAAAAAUAAAUUAAAUGUUGAUUGUAAAAAACUAAAUACAAUUAUUGGACAUUGUCAACAACCACAACGUUUUAUUGGACGUUUAUCAAAAUUAUCUAGUGGAUUUAAUAUCAAUAGUCAAUCAAAUAAUAUAAAUCAAAAAUUUGGUACUGUAAUUAAUUGUAAUUUAUCAUUAAAUGAACAAACACGUCUUCAUACAUGUGAUGAAUUAGCAUCAUUAUUUGAUGUACUCUAUUGUCAAAUAGAACAAUUAAUAAUUAAACAACAACCUCAAGCAAAAUAUUUUUUUGAUAAUGAAACAAUAAUUAUUAUACUUUUAAAUGAUAAUGAUAAUGAACAAAUUAAUAUAGAUAAUUGUUGUCGUUUAGCAAUAGAAUUAUUUCGUUUUAUACAACAUGUUAAUAAUGUAACACAAUGGUGUUUAACAUCAAUAAUUGCUAUUGAUUAUAAUGAAUUAAAUAUUUUAUCAUCAGAAUAUAUACAAGGUUUAGCAUAUGAUUAUGCUCGAUGGUUACGUGAAGAAUGUCUUAUUAUUAAUCGUAUACAUGUAUCAUCAAAAAUUUAUAAUGCAUUAAAAGAAAAUAAAUUUUAUGAAUUUCAUUCUUAUACAUGUACAAAUAUGUAUGAAUCACAUAAAAAUUUAAUAACAUCAAUAAUUAAUUCCAGUAUGAUUGAUCAAUUAACACGUAUACAAGCACAAUAUCAUGUUGAAAAACAUUUAGGUACAAUAACAUUAACACGUUCAUUACGUAAAAGAAGUUUAAUUGAAUUAACAACAAAACAUCUUUAUUGGUUUAGUUUAAAUUUUAAAGAACAAUAUUUAAAUAAUGAUCAAAAUCUUAAUCAUGAUUUUCAAUUAACACAUCGUGCAUGUCGUCCAAAUUAUUUUAUUUAUGUUUUUAUAUUAUUAAUAUUAAUUGGUUCAUUAUGUCAAUCGUAUGUUAUUAAUCAUUUAACAUUAUAUUAUUUAAUAUUAUUUCCAACAAUAAUUAUUGGAAUUAUUUUAUUAAUUAUUUUAUUUCUUUAUUCAAUACAUAUUGAACAAACACAAUUAAAAUUUCAUAUUAAUAAAAUGAAUAGAAAAUUCUAUGUUUAUUUAAAUAUACUUAUUUGUUUAACUUUAUCAACAUUAUUUAUUGUUGCUACACAAUAUCAUGCAGUACAAAAUUUUAAUUAUUUAUUUAAUUUAAAUGAAGUUGUUAAUAAAACAAUAACAACUUUAAUAAUGAAUGAAUCAUCUAGUCAAAUGAAUUUAACUUUAAAUAAUACAAUAAUUAGUAUAUCAUCAUCAUUUGAUCGUCAAUAUCAUGAUUAUCUUAUUUUAUCUCCAAUCUAUGCACUUUAUUUAUGUUCAAUUUAUCAAGAAUGUUCAUGGAUAAUAAAAGCAUUUUUUAUUAUGAUUUGUUUAAUAGUUCAAUUAUGUUUAUUUGAAUAUAUAUGGUUAACAACAAAUAUAUAUUUUCCAUCUAUUAAUCCAUUACAUCAUUAUACAACAUUUACAUUAAUUAUAUUUCAUAGUUUCCUUUUAAUAAUAUCUUCAUAUGUACGUGAAUGGUUAGAAAAAAUUGAUUUUGUUUGGCUUAAACAAAUUGAUACUGAACGUUUAAUUAUUAUUCGACAACGUGAUGAACUUGUUAAACAAACAUCAUUAUAUUUACCAUUACGUGCUAUUAAUUAUUAUUUACGUAAUGAUUCUGAUUUAGCAUUAUCACAACAUUAUCACAUUAAGUAUGAUCGUAUGGCAUUAUUAUAUAUAAAUUUUUUACCAUUAAAUGUUGAACAUGAAUGUUUGCUUAUAAAUUAUCUUAAUGAUAUUGAAUAUUUAUUAAAAAAUAAUGAUAAAUAUAUUGAUAUAGUUAUGCAUAAAAAAUCUACAAUUAAAGAAAUUAUGUUUUCAAUUGAUAUAAAUAUUGAUGAUUCAAUAAAAAAUCUUCAACAAUUAGUCGAAUUAUUAUUUCAAAUUGAUGAACGUUUAAAACAAAUAUCAUCAACAACAAUUAAUCUUGCUGCUUGUUUACAUAUUGGUUGUGUUCAUGAAAUAUUAAUACAUUUUGAAAAAUAUCCAAAAGUUGAUCUAUGGAGUGAACAUAUAACACUUUUACAAUUACUUAUUAGUAAAACACAACCUAAUCAUUGUUUAACAACAGCAUCAAUUUAUCAUUUAUUAAAUGAUCUUUAUUUAUUUCGAACAGCCGGUUCAAUUGUUAGUACACAAUUUAAUACAGUUAAUAAUACAAAUAUUUAUUAUCUACUUGGCCGUCUUAUUGGAGAUAAUGUCUUUCAGGGUCGUAAUGCUCUUCCAUUAACAAUUGGUCAUACAAAUGUUGGUACUGUUCAAAAAUCUUCUAGUACAGACGAUUCUCAUCAUUCCCAAUCAUCUGAUCUUCGUUGUAAAUUAAAUUCUCAAAAAGAACAAAAUCAUAUACAAGCAUCAACAACAACAACAACAUCAUCAUCAAUUGUUCUCAAUGAACAACAAACUCUUCUUAAACAAUCAUCAUCAUCAUUAUCAGCUCGCAAACAUGUACGAAUAUCAAAUCAUCUUUCAUCAAUUGAAAAUCCUUCUUAUCGUCAAACACUUUUACAAGCAUUAAAUGCUACAACAAAAAACAGCAUUAAUAAUAAUAAUAAUACUCAACAUCAAAUAAGUCCUAUCAAAAAAUUAUCUAAUCGUUUAGUAACAAAAAAACAUACACCAUCACCAAUACCAAAAGAAUUUUAUGUACCACGUAUGACUCAUUUAAGUGAUAAUAGUUGUUGGUCAUCAAGAGAAGCGAUGAUACAAUCAGAAACAAGUGGAAGUAAAUGUUUAAUAUUAACACAACAAAUGUUGAAUGGAUCAACAGAUGAUAAUAGUCGAUGUAAAUCAACACCACCACCACCAUCAUCAGCUCGAAUGUCAUCAUCAAAUCGUCAUUUAUCAAUUGAACGAAAAAGUUUUACAGAAGAAGAUUUUCGUCAAUUACUUCACGAACAAUCAGCAAAAGAUGCUAAUAAUCCAUCACGAAGUUUAUCAAUAACAAAUGAAGAAACAGCUUCAUCAUUUUCUGGUUGGGAUGAUAUACCAUCAUCACCAUUACCAAGUAUUAAAUCUAAUCAUGGAAAUAUUCAACAACAACAGCAACAACAACAAGACUCUAUUAAACCUAUAUCAUCACCACUUGUUGAUUGUUAUUAUCCACGUCGUCCAUGUGAUUUAUCAUUUACAGUUAAUAUGACAACAACUGAAGAUGAUAAUAGUAGUCGAACUGAUGCAAAAUCAACAAUUAUUGCUUCACCAUCAUCAACUGUUGUUACAAUUACUUCGCCACCACCUCAACCACCACCGCCACAACCAAUACUACCAGUGCCUAUUACUAAACCAACUGUUGUUACAUCUCAAUCACAACAACAAAUUCCAAGAUAUCGACCAGGACCAUUUAAUUUAGCACGUAAAUUAAUAGCUGAAACAUCUGAAAGUGCUUUAUCAGAAAUUUCUAUUGAACAUCAUCAUGAACCAUGGACACAAAAUAUUGCUUAUCAAUCAAAAGUUCCUCAACGAACACGUCUUUCAUCAAGUUAUAGUAAUUUACAUGAUUUUUUACAAAUAAAUGACUCAUCAAAAUAUCGUCCUAAACCAAUUCAAUCACCAACAAUAAUUCAGAGUGAUUUAUUACAGCGUUGGCUUGAAGAUCAACUUAAUCUAUUUCGAUAUCAAAUUAAACAAACUCCACCAUUAUCAACAAGAAAAACCAAUCGAUUUUCGAAUAAUAUUGUUAUUAAGAAUGAUUCAACGGAUGAUGAGUCAGAUACUGUUAGUGAACAUACAUUUACUGCUUUGACAAAUCAAUCAAAUUUACAAUCAAAAUCUGUAUCAUCAAAUAAACGUCCGUAUAAUCAUGUCAGAUAUAAACCAUUACGAAAAAAUUCAACACAAACAUCAAAUCUUAUUCGACAUGAAUCUCUUAAAUAUCGUAAUAGACCAUUAUCAUAUGAAAAUAAUUCUCAAUUAAAUAAAACACCUUAUAAUUAUCAAUCAAAUCCUAUAAAAAAACUUCCUCAUCGAACUGAUUCAUCAUCAAUGCCUCGUUCAGAUUUAAGUGAUAUAUCAUCAUCUCGACCAGAUAAUUUAUCUGAAAGUGUUAUAUCACAUCUUGAAUCUGAAUAUGAUAAUAUUUAUACUCAACCAAUAAAUUCAACUACACCAAUAACAAUUAUGAAUAAUUCACAAAUUUUAAGUGAUAAUGAGGAUGAUGAUGAUGAAACUACUCUAGCAACAACAAUAACAACAAACAAUCGAUGUUACUUUUAA